AUGAAUUGCGUUAUACUGAAUACAAUCCGCAACGUUCAAGCUAGAAAUGCUGCUUACCGCUUUUGCUCUAGUACAAAUGGACCUAAUGGAACGGUAAAAGACAACAUUGUUCCGGAGCUUCCACCUGAGCCCACCACAUGCUGCAUGUCCGGUUGCCAGAAUUGUGUUUGGAUUCAGUAUGCUGCAGAUCUGACCAAAAUACUAGACGACGGGGGCGAAAAGGCACGCGAAAUUGUGCUGCAAAGGAUCGCCGAUCCAAGCUUGAAAAUGUUUUUGAAAAUGGAACUACAAAACAUACAAUCGACAAAAAUGGAUGCUUCGUGA